AUUCUGCUACUGGGAAUAGGGACGGAAUGCGAAGGCAUCUGCGAUAGCCUGAGAGGUCAGCAUAUGCCAGUCAGAGCAGCAAAGCAGCAUGGCAGCUGCAUUCUUGGACGGGAAAGAUGCACACUCACUCCUUAAGCGCUUCCCGCGGGCCAAUGGCUUCCUGGAGGAGCUCCGGCAGGGCAAUAUUGAGCGCGAGUGUAUGGAGGAGAGCUGUAGCUUCGAGGAGGCCAAUGAGGUGUUUGAGAACAAGGAACGCACGAUGGAGUUCUGGAAGAUGCGCAGCAUGGGCAGUAAUGCCGAGUCCCGCUCCGACAGUAAGGAUGUGGUGUUUAUGGUGGUGCCCCUCCUGGUCAUGACGCUGCUGGCGCUCAUCGGGCUCUUCCUCCUGUGGCGCUGCCAGCUGCAGAAGACCAUGCGGCGCCGGUGGCCGGCCUACCCGCAGAACCGCUACCUGGCCAGCCGCAACUCGCGCAGCCUGCCGCGCAUCCUGGUGCACCGAGACACGCCGCCGCCGUCGUCGUCGUCCCACGCCGACCAGUCCCACCACCAACAUCACCACCACCACCACCACCAGCACCCGGCGGCCGCCUCCGGCCCCGUCCUCCCCGAGCCCCCUCCCUGCCGGCCUACGGUGAUCAUCAGCGGGGUGGAGCGAGGCGGAGGCGGAGGAGGAGGGAGGGGGGGCGGAGGGGCGUCCGAGGCCCCGCACCCGCCCAACGGCCGCGCCCUGUACGUGAAGGAUUCGUCGGCGUCGGUGGCGUCGCGUCUCUCGGGGGCCACGCCGCCGCCGUCGUACGAGGAGGUGACGGGCCACGCCGAGAGCAGCAGCGACGAGACCUCCGCUCCCUACAGCGACCCGCCGCCCAAGUACGACGAGAUCAUCAAGGACAAGUGAACUUGUGACGCCAGGACGGUAGACAGUGGCAGGGAUGAGAGGGAGAAGAGACCUUUUUUCAAUUUUGUCAAAACGCACCCUUUCUCUUUCCAACUCCGAGGGGUGUUUUUGUAACGCCGGUUGCUGCCAGAGCAUGCCAUUGAUGUGAGUGUUUGGCUUUGCAUCUGACUUCCCUUUCCUCUCGUCGUUGAUUGCCUUGGGGGAGUGUGUUUUGCGUGUAGCUGCCUAAGUGUUUGGCUGUGUUCCGUUGGAUGAUGCUGAAAAGAAAACGCAACCUCUCUAUGACAACAGUAAGCGCAGGCUCAGGUCUUCACCCCUCCACCUGUUGUGCCAUGUCCUCUGUCCCACCACUCACAAAGGGCACUCUCUUUCUCUCUCUCUCUCUUUCUCUCUCUCUCUCUCUCUCUUUCUCUCUCUCUUUCUUUCUCUCUCUUACCUUGUAACGCCUCAACUUUGGCCUUAACAUUUGAAGAAGGGACUCAGAUCAUAAUGAAGGGGGGGGGGGAAGGGGAUGGAACACACUUCCUCUACAUCUACAGUUUUAGAACAUUCCUGACAUUUAACACAAAGCCCAUCAAGUAGGGCGAGAUCUGAAGGUUCCUGAGGUCAUGUGAUGAAAUAUACUUCAGAGCUACUUAUGGAACCAUAUAUGUUCCACAGAGUCUAAAGAGGGAAAACAAAGUUAAUUAUGAAUAAUUAUGAUUCACAUUUCAUGUGCCAAAAUGGGGAUUUGUAUCAUUCCUGUAAGAUAAACUUAAGGUAAAGUUUACGUCACAGAGAAGCAUUCUUAAAAAAUGUAAUGUGUUUAAUAUUUACUUAUUGGAGUGCCAAAAAUAUAUUUAUCGGUAUCCUGAGAACUGCCCUGUAUGCACUGCCAACAUACACACACACACACACACUCACACAUACACACACAAAGUGUACACAUGUACAGAGACGCACACUUGUAUAAACGCUUGUGUAUCUUAUAAAGUGCAUAAUCAGUGUAUCAGCCAGGAAUCCUACUGAGACAGAAACAUACACACAUGCAUGUGCAGGCACACACACACACACACACAAGCACAACAUUCAAAGAAUGAGUCUACUGUACAUUCCGGUUUAAAUACCCCAACACAAUCUUUGACUGUUUACUCUUUGAAUGACAAAAGACAACCAAGUAAGAUUGUACAGAACACUAGCCUACUUAACCUUGCGCUGCACUGUUUCAAUACUUUUCUGUGCUGCCUACAUAAUUGUGGUCUGUCUUAUCUAGACUUGGUGACUGUCGAUAAUGCUAGGACCAUGAUUCAUCAGCCAAGCAGCCCAGCAUACAAGAACAGCUGCCCUAUGCUCAGGUUUUAUCCAAUGUUAAACAGCACAAACCUAGUGAGUUUAACACACUGCCAGAACUGAGAAGACCUCAGAGCUUUUACAGCUGGACAGAACAUGAGCGAGAGAGAAACGCCAUUGACAAGUCACCGAAGACUGGUGGACACGUAGUCUUUCAAGUGACCGUGCGCUUACUUACAAUAUCUAAAUGGGUCUGGUGAUCGCGCUAUCGUGCAAUUGGCUUUAGUUGUGAAUUGACUUGACUGACUGACUGACUGACUGACUGACUUAACUUACUAAUACUCUGUCCGGUAAAGACAUUGUGAUCCAUCAAGGCAAGAGUAUUCAUUGUGCCCCAAAGCACUGGAAAAGUGUUUCUUGUCUUACCCAACAUGAGUGCUAGUGGGACGAUUAUAUACUAAAUGCAGUCAAAGCACUAUAAUAUACUGUGUUGAAGAGUCAAAGAGACGUGGUUGUGUCUGUGUGUGUGGGUGUGUGUGUCUGUGUGUGUGUGUGUGCAGUGUGCAGUGCGUGUGCGUGCACACUGUAUGCUCUUGUGAGUGUGUGUGUUCAGUGAGUUUUUACUUGGAGGCGUGUCUGUGUAUUAAAAUGUACGUUUUCUGUAGGAAAAAAAUCUAAACAUUAAUGAUGGGAAGAAAAUCACUGUCAUCCACAUAUGAACAUCAUUCACUUAAUGUGUACAAGCUGCCAAAACCAUCUUGCACCUCUAUGCCAAAUUGCAUGACAUUUUUUUAUAUUUAUCUAUUUAUUUAUUUAUUUAGUAAUGAUCAUCCUGCUGUAUUUUGCUUUUAUGGACUUUCUAUGUUUUCUAGAGUUGCAAAUGACUUAAAUGAGUUGGCUAUCAAUAUUGAUCAGUUUGAAUUUUUGACUAAUUCUUGAAUAAUUGAUGUUUUGUAUAUAAAGAAUAGAUACAUAUAUAUUGCUAUUGUAAUUGGUGCAUCUGCAAUAUAGGAUCAGUUUGAGUCUGUACCAUGUUUUUGAAUUCACCACAAUAAUUUAAAUCAUAAUGUGUCAGUGGGUGAGUUAACAAAUUGGAGUUAAACUAUUCUAUAUGCUUGUGUAUGUACCAUAUGUACACAUAUAUUGUCUAUUUAAUAUUUUGGCACAGUCCGGUUAUGGGUUUCAUUCAGAGUUGAUUAAUGCAUGAAUGUAUUUUGGUUUUGGACUUUUGAGUUAAAGUCAGUUAAAGUGUGCAUCUGAACAAAUUCGAAAGCUAAUUGUUCUUACUAAACUUUCUUUCUUUUUUUUUUUUUUUUUUGGUUAGGUUUUGUGAAUUUGAUGCAGAGAAUCAUUUAAUAAUUCAAAUAUUGGGCUUUCUGUGCAACAAUCAGCUACUCCUGGAUCUGGAGGUAGCUUUUCCCAAAGAGAACUCUUAAGCCAGUUAAACCUAGGGCCAUGCGAGAGAGCUUUCUUUGUUUGUUUCUUUCUUUUUUGAAAUAAAAAAAAGAAGACAAAAAACAAACACUUCUGUUCUGUAGCUGCCUUAGAGGUUGAUGUCUUCCAUCAUCUCUCUCUUUCUUUUUCUCUUUGUCAGAAAUACAGAAGUCAUGCUAAAAAGCAUAUCUUAUGAGUUAUAACUUGAUCGAUCUUAGACAUUAACCAAGGCAUCCUAUGUACGGCUGACAGCAUUCACAUAGUGACAUAUUCUCUUGCCCUCCACUGUGGUUUUCCCUUGUUUGAAAUAUAAAGAGAAAUUGUAAAAUAUAAUUUGCCUUCACUGACACCACGCUUGUAGCCUGGAUGAACCCAGACAAACCUGUUAGCCUGUUAGGACCCCAUUGACUCCUGUUUCUGAACUUCCCGUUUUACAACUUUCAGCAGCGAAAUGAAACUUAAAUUGUUGCAUUAUGCUCUUACCAAACAAUUUCAGUGCAGCAAGCACAUCUUUCUGGUAAACAAAGGUUUUAAAUGCAAGUUGUUUACUCAAUUCCAAAGAAAAUACACAUCAAUAUCUGUUGUCAUCAGUGCAGCCAUUUGUUGCGUUGAAUGGUUUUGAUAAUUCUAAGAUGGGCGUCAAUGGGAUUCUUUCGAAACGGACCUGCAAAGCAAACUUUAAUACACAGAUUUGUCUGGGUUCACCCAGACUACCACACUUGUCCAUAGGCCAUCAGAAUUCUUAAUGUAAUUUCACUCCGUUGAGUGUGUUUUUUUCAUCUCCUAGAGAAGCCUAGCCUAAUGAAAUAUAUUUCACAAUAUUGCCAGUCCUUAGUAGCAGCCUAUAUAUCGAGGCCUACAAAAUAUAAAUGGGAUGAAAAGGUGUAGAGGAAUAUUUGACUAUCUGACUCCAUAUCAAAUGCCAUACUCUGAUGUUCCUCUCCUCUCCAGCGCAAGUUUCAUUCCUGUCAGAAUGGUGUUCUUCAGCUUUUAUUUAUUAUAAUUAAUAUGUUGUAACCAUGGUGACCAACUUUUAAUUUUUCUUUCCUAAUUGAGGGAGCAGAGAAAGCCUCUUAAGCGCUGUUAAUGUUGGUUAUGGUUGGUCACAGUGUCAUUUUUUUGUCCCUUCCCAUCCUGCCACCUGUUUGUCACAGUCUUGUCUGUCUAAGUGCCAAAUCUUGUCUUAGAAAGCACUGAUACCUUUUGUGAAUAUAUUAAAUCAAGGAUUUUAUCU